AUGCACUCGUUGUUCUGUCUGUUAGUGGAAUGUCACCCGGAAGAAAGAGUAGUGGGAAAGCUGCCCGACCCCGACGUCAUAUCGUCAGUAUUGAGUAGCUUUCUGAAACCUUUACUGCACACGACUUCAUUCGCGAACAACAUAAGUAGGGAAAUUGAAGAAUCGCGCGUAGCGAAGGCUAUUAAUAUCAAAAUAGAAGAACUAAAGCCGUACCUUCAAGACGAAGAUGCGAGUGACAACAAUUAUGACUUAACCCUUGAAACGAAAGAUGAGGCAACUUUUAAAGAGUUAACAUCUAAACGCGACAAAAAUGGUUUAAGAGAAAAUAAACACAUGAAAAAAUAUAAAAAACUUCGAAAGAAAAUUGAUAAAGCAUUGAAAAUGGAGUCUGUAACAGACGAAACGCACGAUCUAAUUUUGAAGACGUUGGAUAAACUAAUCGGAAAAUUAAUAGAGAGCAAAUGCAUCGGGGAAAAGGGUUUCUCGAAAGAUCGAACUUCAAAAAUACUGAGUAAUCUGUGUCUCAAAGAACUGGAUAAUUUGAGGAAUAGUUAUAUGAAGAAAGUUGAGUCGAGGAAUCCACGGAGAACGCAAGAGGUCGCAUCUUUCUUCGACGGCCUGCGUACAAUUUUUUCUUACCUGACAAGAGAUUUUGACGCUCUGGCCGAAAGGUACAGUAUUCGGUGCGCUUAUGAUGAACCACGCGACAGGAGGUAUCAAAAUUUCGCCUACGAUUCGGACACCGAUUUAAAUCGACACAACUGCAAUCGCUUCUCGAUCUGUUCGAGGGAGCUCAGGAACUUUCUUUUGGACUUUUACAACUUUCUGAAUGACACGACGGUCAGUCUCGUCCGGAAUUACGCAGAAAUGUACGCAAGAGACACGGACAACUUCCUAGAGAAGCAAUCGGUCGUGGCGGCCAUUAACGGGACGAGUAGGGCCAUGGAAGGAGCGAUCGUAGAUAUAUUUGUGGGACGAACGAACGCCAUUCGAUUGGACGAGGCCAAAAAUAAGGAAAACAACAUUAAGGUUAUAUCCGAUUACGUGAAAGGAACCAUCGUGGAGAUCAGGAAUGUCGUGAAGAGGCUUUUAUCCAAUGAACUGAAAGCCAUCAAAGAUAAAUUGUCAUCCGCCAUAAGCGCCGAUGUCAAUGUCAAUUUGAAGGUGGAUCUGGACAACUUAGAGAGGGAGGUGCUAGGAAGAAUUUGCUUCAUAUUCAAAUUUUGUAACGGAAGAUAUAAAGGCAGAAGGCACGCCGACGGGGGUUUCAAAGGAGCGGACAUUUAUGUAAAAGCCGAAGUCAUUCUCGACGCAGAUUUAAAACGCCCUCUAAAUGACAACGUGUUAAAAAAUAAUUUAAUCGUAGAUGAAACCGUUACUAACGAGUCUGUCGAUAAAAAAGUAUCAAAUCGCGCCCAUCUCACGUUCAAUGUAACCAGAACUACUCCACUCGAAGUUUUUAUUAAUGGCAAAUGA